ACGAGAAGAGGAAGGUGGCGUGCGGCGCGCUGCGCGCCUUAAAGUAUCAGUCGGCCGGCGAGCCCAGCCUCGGCGUGUACGCGGCCGGUUCCCCGCGCCGCGGCGUCUGCCUGGUUGUUCCCUGGACUCGGGAGGCGGCAGCGCUUGGAGCUGCACAGGUUGAGCCAUGGACUCUCAGGUCAGCAACGGCUCAGGACUGGAGGCUGAGCACAUCACAGACCUGCUGGUGUUUGGCUUUCUCCAAAGCUCCAAGUAUAAUUUCCACCAAGAACUGGAGGCGCUGAGUCAGGAGCUGCCCGUGGAAGUUUACCUGGAUGCAGACUUCGAGGACGAGCUGCAGACCGAUGGCGGCCGGGCCAGCCGCUCCUUCUACCAGGGAAGAAUAGAGCCAGAUUCCGAAAGUCAGGAGGAAGUCAUCCAGAACAUUGCCAGGCGUCUCGCCCAAGUAGGCGAUGAGAUGGACCACAGCAUCCAUCCCACACUCGUGAGACAUCUGGCGGCUCAGUUCAGGAACGUCAGCCUCUCAGAGGAAGACAGGAGGAACUGCCUGGCCAAAGCCCUUGACGAGGUGAAGACGGCCUUCCCUAGAGACAUGGAGAAUGAAAAGGCCAUGCUGAUAAUGACCUUGCUGUUGGCCAGAAACGUGGCCAGUCAUGCGCCGUCCUUGCUCCGUGAUGUCUUCCGCACGACAGUGAACUUUAUUAACCAGAAUUUAUUCGCCUAUGUGAGGAACUUGGUUAGAAAUGGGAUGGACUGAAGGACGCCUGCAGUGACUGGCUGGAACCCAAUACGGCAAGAACGGUGAAGCUGCCUCCGAAGGAACCGUAGCCAUGUAAACAGAUGUCGGAGUGAGGACAGGUCUCUAUUUUCAGGACAGUGUUUUGAGCUGGUGACUCACUUAAGAUUUCUACAUUGAGGUAGUCUAAUGAAGAUGCCAGCUUGCUUGUAUCUGAAGGUCUUACGCCAGCUCCUGCAUCCACACCAUGUACCUUUAUUUUAUCAGCUGUAUGGGUUCCUACUUGGAAAUUAAAUUUAAAAGCAGGUUGUAAGGCAGAAAAACUUAUUUGUAAUGUGAAGUUACUGUUCACGAGAGGCCAGCUUUGGGACGUUGUCUUGCCCAUGCAGGCGGGCUUCUGUUUCAGAAAGGUGUUAGGAGGGGUGCCCUGGCCCAGGAGGGAGAAUUCCACCCAAUGCAGGGGACGUCUCUGUGCUCAGAAGGCCACAGCCUUCCUUUGUAAAAGGCAAUGAGGUCUGAGACUUCGAUUCUGCUCUCAAAUCAUGGGAAGUGCUAAGCAGCCCUCCCCGCACUACCCAUACCCAAGGGCCUAGCUGUUUCGGGGACAGUUUCCUAAAGCUUUCUAUUCCAGGGGGGACCAACUGAGUUGUGCACACACCUCAUCUGUGUGAUGUCAGCUAUGACAAUCAGGUUCUCGCCAGGGAACACAUCACACAAGGAACAGCUCAAGUGCCGGAGUCAACCGAAUGCGUAGGAGAGAGGUCUGCCAGCCAGUCAUCAACAGGGGCACUGUCACCUGCCAUGUGCACGCAGGGCAGCGGGCCACCGUCUCAGUCAGGUUCACAGAGGCAGUGUCCAGUCACGGCCGAUAGAUUCUCUUGGUGUAAAGCAAAAUUGCCAUCCUCUCUCCUGGGCCAGCGUUCUAGAAAGAUUCCAGUAUCAAGGCCAAAUGCCCUCCUUCACUUCUGUAUUUCAGAGACAAGGUCUGACUGUCCAUCCUCAAACGCAGGGUGGCUCUGCUAACUUUCCUAAUGCUGGGAUUGCAGGCGUGAGCCUCCACUACCUGCUAAGUGUUCCAAUCUUGAAUGCAUCCCUGCCAUGAGGGCUUGGUGGAUCAUGGAAAUGGGUGGAUUUUUCUUUAGUAACACGAUCCUUGUGUGGGUAUAAGUGACAGAUGAUUUUAAUUCAGGGACUAUUUUUCAUUCUGUUCUAAAAAUAUGUGAAUUGAUUUAAGUGAUAGAAACUUGUUUCUUUAAAAUAAAAGGCUUUCUUCUCUAAAAGA